GUCUUCUUAUCUAUCACCACCAUCAUCGUUUAUCAUCAUCACCAUCACUGAAUCUCAGAUCUUCGAGGUGAUCCUUAGUGAUCACCUUCUAGACCUUGAUUCUCCUAUCUUGGAGCUUCUAGACAGAGCUUCUAGACAGGGCCCUAUUUUCCUGUUACACCGCAAGUGAGACCGUUCUCUGCACUGGGAACAGUCUAAUUGAUUCGGAAGGUUACAAUCGUCCUACGAGUGAGAUUUUGUUGCUUCUCAUAUACACCAGACGAAGAAGAAAGAUUUUGCUAAUGGCGGAGUAAGAAGGAGAUAAUAAGGGGUUUUACCUCUGGGGGUUUAUCUGUUUAUAAUCCGGGUCGGAUCUAGAUUAGGAUCAAUUAAAUACCCAUCUAUCGGGUCAUGUACAUGGGCUUCGUGGCCUAAUAAGGCUCUCCUUCUAACUUUCUUUCGUCCUCCUCGUUCAUCUUCGUCGUUCAGCUAAGUUUAGCAUCUGCUUAAUCUUCCCUAGCGAUAGAACUAGGUUUUAGAAGAAGAUGGAUAUAAUAUCACAGUUGCAAGAACAAGUGAAUUCGAUAGCUGCAAUCACUUUCAAUGCUUUUGGGACACUGCAAAGAGAUGCGCCUCCCGUCCAGCUUUCUCCUAAUUACCCUGAACCACCACCCGCUGCUGCUGCUGCUGCUGCUGCUGCUGCUGAUGAUCCUACUACCACCGCUUUUCCCGAGCAACCUAAGCAGCUCAGUGCCGAUUUAGUCAAGGCUGCUAAACAGUUUGAUGCUUUGGUUGCGGCACUUCCCUUAUCAGAAGGAGGUGAAGAAGCUCAGCUCAAAAGAAUCGCUGAGCUCCAGGUGGAGAACGAUCUUAUUGGCCAAGAACUCCAAAAGCAAUUAGAGGCUGCAGAGAAGGAAUUGAAGCAAGUUCAAGAGCUAUUUGGACAAGCAGCAGACAAUUGCCUGAACAUGAAGAAACCCGAGUGAAAGGAUUAAACCUUUUUGUGUCAAACUGAUUCAGAAACUAUGAUUUUGUUCAGCAACAAUCAUGUUUUAGAUUCAGAAGUAAAAGAAGUUGUGAUUUGGUUCAUCAAAAAAUUGUUCCAGAAGCAAUCACAAGAAUGUUCCUUAGCUAACAACAACAAAACAAAUAACUAUAAUAUUACUCCGUUUUCUUUUCAA